AUGAGGCUUUCAAAGCACGUCGCUCUGGUUUAUGCCCUUGUAGCAGGCAGUGUUACUGGUUAUGUCUUUCCUGAUUGCGAAGGUGGACCUCUAGCAAGCAACGCAAUCUGCAACACUGCUCUUGACCCCAUUACGCGGGCAACUUCCUUGGUCAAGCUGUUCACUGUUCCAGAGCUGAUUAAUAAUACUGUCAACAGAUCUCCUGGGGUUCCUCGUUUGGGUUUGCCAGCGUACCAGUGGUGGUCGGAAGCCUUGCACGGAGUGGCGAACAGUCCAGGUGUCAACUUCUCGACGUCGGGCGAGUUCAGCUAUGCGACAUCAUUUCCCCAGCCGAUCUCUAUGGGUGCUACUUUUGACGAUGAGUUGAUCAAGUCUGUUGGAGGCAUUGUGGGUAUGGAGGGACGUGCCUUCAAUAACUACGGGCGCGCGGGUCUGGACUUCUGGACACCAAACAUUAAUCCGUUCAAAGACCCUCGAUGGGGCAGAGGUCAGGAAACACCUGGAGAAGACCCGUACCACCUUUCCCAAUACGUGUACAACCUCGUGGUUGGCUUGCAAGGUGGUCUUGACCCAAAGCCUUACUACCAGGUCGUUUCCACCUGUAAACACUUUGCGGGCUACGAUCUCGAGGACUGGGAUGGCACUGUUCGAUAUGGCUUUAACGCAGUGAUCACUUCUCAAGAUCUCGUGGAAUACUACCUCCCCUCAUUCCAGAGUUGUUAUAGAGAUGCCAAAGUUGGUGCUGCCAUGUGCUCGUACAAUGCUAUCAACGGUGUUCCUUCUUGCGCAGAUCCAUACUUGCUUCAAGAUAUUCUCCGUGAUUUCUACGGCUUCGCACAAGACCGAUGGGUAUACUCAAAGUUACUUUACUUGUGUAUAGUCACGAGUGAUUGUGAUGCCGUCCAAAAUAUUUAUUCUCCUCACAACUAUGCUACCCCUCAACAGGCUGUCGCAGACGCACUCAAGGCGGGAACUGACCUAGAUUGUGGCUCCUUCUAUGGAGAGUGGUUGCCAAUCGCAUACAAAGAGUCUCUUAUCACAGAGACCGACCUACGCACAGCUUUGGUUCACCAAUACGCCUCGCUCGUCCGCCUCGGUUACUUUGAUCCAGAAGAGCGACAGCCUUAUAGAACAUACAACUGGAGUAGCGUCAACAUUCCUAUCGCUCGACAGCUUGCAUACCGAGCUGCCGUGGAGGGUAUUGUUCUCCUGAAGAACGACGGUACUCUACCACUCUCAAGUAGCAUCAAAAACAUUGCUUUGAUCGGCCCGUGGGCAAAUGCAACCACCCAGAUGCAGGGCAACUACUUCGGUGUUGCUCCCUAUCUCACCAGCCCCGUCAUGGGUGCGAUGGAUGAUGGUUAUAAUGUCACCUACCUGCAAAGGAAGGCAGACGCUGUCAUCUAUGCUGGGGGUAUCGAUCUCACCGUCGAGGACGAAGCCCUGGACCGCUACUCGAUUACUUGGCCCGGCAACCAGCUCGACCUUAUUGCUGAGCUUGAGAUGAUAGGCAAGCCUUUGGUUGUGGUGCAAUUCGGUGGCGGACAACUUGAUGACUCCAUUCUCAAAGGCAAUGCUUCUGUCAAUGCGCUCGUUUGGGCAGGGUACCCAGGUCAGAGUGGUGGAAAGGCUGUUUUCGACACCCUCAGUGGCAAGGUUGCGCCUGCUGGGCGCCUUCCUAUCACGCAGUACCCAGCAAGCUAUGUCAACGAGAUCCCCAUGACGAAUAUGAACCUCCGUCCCAACUUAACGAGCCCGGGCCGUACCUAUAUCUGGUACACUGGCAUGCCUGUCUACGAAUUCGGAUAUGGCGAGCACUACACUACAUUUUGUUAUAAAUGGGUGCGAGCCCCUGCAACAUCAUACAGCAUCCAGGCUCUCAUUGAUGGAGGGAAGUAUGCUGCGUACUUGGACGUCGCACCGUUUGCUACGCUUGCUGUUAGUGUGACGAACACCGGAAACAGGACAUCUGACUAUGUUUCCCUUCUUUUCGCCAGUGGCAUGUAUGGAGAUGCUCCCUACCCUAACAAGCUUCUUGUCAGCUACACCCGCUCUCAUGGCAUUAUGCCGGGCACCACUGCAACAGCUGAGCUACCGAUUACACUUGGCAAUCUCGCAAGAGCAGAUACCGACGGCAACUUUUGGCUCUAUCCCGGCACUUAUGAGCUUGCGCUCGACACUAGUGGAGUUUUGACCUCCAAGUUCAAAUUGACGGGAAGUGCUGCACGGCUCACUUCCUUCCCGCAAAACACCAUGACUUCAUAA